AAAAACCGAAAGAAAUACUGAACCGCAAUUAAUGCACUUUCCAUAACUUUCUUAACUUAUUAUAUUAUUUAUCUAAAAAAUAAAACCAUUUUGUGAUAUCUUUUUUGUGUUUAGUCAUAGGUUGAUAAAAAAAAAUAGAAAAGAAAAAAACCAAAACAAAAAGUAUGCAAAGCCCAUAGACAAGUUAAUCUUAAAAAAAAAAACAAAAAAUAAAUAAAAUCAAUAUUUAUUAGAGCACAGCUUAUCAUUUGUGUUGAAUGUUUCGUUUGCGUUGAUUUUAAGCAAAUAUAGUUUGAAAGCCUAGACACUCAGGAUUUAGUUCAAAUAUUAGUUUAGUCGAUGAGUUGUAUUUGCGAAUACUCGCUUGAGAGAAGUCCCCCGCACACGAACAGGCACACGCAUGCACGCCCGCCGUUUGGGGCUGCUCUACACCGACACAUAAAGACCCCCACACACGACGACACGACGGACGCACACAGGCCAAACCAAUGCUAAAAUGUCGCUGCCCAACGAACAGACAAACUUGCCGCACAAUCCAACCAGCCAGCCAGCAUCAGCAUCAGUAUCAGCAUCAGUAUCAGCAUCAGCAUUCGCCGACACACAGACACCAGCCACAGCAACAGCAACAGGAUCCACAACACCAUCCACACCAACACCCUCCACAAGAGCCACACCACAGCAACAGUCAAAUGAGCUGAAACACCGCCUGACGCCACUGAACGUGCGUCGUCUAUCGGGCUACGUUAAUCCGCAAGCGAUCAGCGAUAAUGCUGGCGACGAUCCCCCGCCCACCACCAUUAACAUUGGCCUCUUCAACAACAACAACAAUAACAACAACAACAAUAAUACAAAUUAUAAUUAUUAUAAUAACAACAAUAACAACAACAACACAGCAUCAACAACGCCACCAUCCGCAUAUGCCACACCACCAAUAUACCAACAACAGUUGUCCACACUGACAGCAACAACACCGCUAGAUGUGGCACCGGAUGAUAAAUACCGAUUGUUUACCAUUUUCAAUGGAAACGAUCCCGACAAUGAGAAAUUGUCGGGCCUACCACAUUCGACAACCGGUUCACUAAGCUCAAUCAUCACGACGUCCAUAGCAUCCUCCGAACCGGAUCCUGGAGCGGCGAGCGGCGGCGGCGGCGGCGGUGGAGCGGGCGGAGCAGGAGGAGCAGGCGGCGGUGGCGGUGGCAAUGGUGGCAUCGGAUCCGGUGCCCUGGUGGCAGCGGACGCCUCCAGCAUUGCCGGCAUCAAUGGCAGCUCCGAGGAGAAGUUGGCGCUCAAUCGACCCGGCAUCAAGCAGGAGAAGUGGACGACGAUCCUGCUGCAGGUGUCCAUUCCGUUCUUUCUGGCCGGGAUUGGCACCAUCGGAGCUGGCAUUGUCCUGGGACGCGUUGAGAAAUGGUAUGUCUUCAAGAAUGUAAGCGAGCUGUUCAUCCUGGUGCCGGCGCUGUUGGGCCUCAAGGGCAACCUGGACAUGUGCCUGGCAUCGCGGCUCUCCACGCAGGUGAACCUGGGCAACAUGACCAGCAGACAGGGCGUGAUACGGAUGAUAGUGGGGAACAUAGCACUGGUGCAGGUCCAGGCGACGGUGGCCUCCUUUCUGGUGGCCAUGUUUGCGGUGAGCGUGGGUGCGGCCAUGACCGGCGACUUCUAUUUCGAGAACAUGAUGCUGCUGACUGCCUCGGCCAUGUUCACGGCCACCUCGUCGUGCUUUGUGCUGGACUUCGUUUUGGUGGCUGUUAUCCUGUUCUCGCAGAAGUACCGCCUCAAUCCGGACAACCUGGCCACGCCGUUGGCCGCCUCCAUUGGCGAUGUGGUGUCCAUCAGUUUGCUCUCCUUUAUCGCCUCGCUGCUGUACGAUCAUAUCAAAACGCACCUGUGGAUCACAUUCAUCGUGGUCACCUGCUACCUGGUGCUGUUGCCCAUGUGGGUGAUGAUCGUGCUGAGGAACGAGUACACGCGACCGGUGCUAAAGAGCGGAUGGGUUCCCGUCCUCUCGGCCCUCUGCAUAAGUGGUCUGGGUGGCCUUGUGUUGGAUGCAGCCGUCGAGGUGUUUAAUGGAUUCGUAGUGUUCCAACCGAUCAUCAACGGAAUCGGCGGCAAUCUGGUGUCGGUGCAGGCCAGCAAGAUAUCCACAAUGCUGCACCAGAGCUCAAUUAUCGGGAUUAUACCACCGCACACGCAGAUCUUCGAGUGGCCUUGGCGGGCGCUCUUCAAAGGAGUUCCCUAUGCGAAGACAGCGAGGAUACUUAUUGCCAUGUCCAUACCCGGCAAUGUUCUGUUCAUCUUUGCUGCUGACUAUAUAAACUAUAGCACCUCGACGGUCACCUGGGUGUUUGUGCUUUCCUAUCUGACCGCCAGUUUGAUCCAGGUGAUGCUGCUGCUGUAUAUUGCGCACAUCAUUGUGCACGCGAUGUGGAAGUGGAAGAUCGAUCCGGAUAACUCGGCCAUACCCUACCUGACGGCCCUGGGCGAUCUGCUCGGCAGCAGUCUGCUGGCGGUGGCGUGGCUCUUCACCAUGUCGGUGGGCAUGCAGUACGGAUCCGGAAUGGAGACACUCAACGCACCUAACUAAAGUAGCUAAUGAAAUAGGGAGUACGGAGUAACGUAGAACGAUAAACAAGACAGCCACACACCACACCAUACAAUUUAAAAAGAACUGUUAUGUACCUAAAAACAAAUAUACAGAAAACAUAGAAAUUGUA